GUCAUAUGUAGGUCACCAACCGUAAUCGCACAUAAGAACCAAAUCGACGCGUACAAGUACUCAGUACUCAGCUUUUACUAUUGAACUUUUUCACUGUGCAACCUCGCAGGCCAUGACAUUCUAUAACCCGACUGCUCAUUUCAGUAUAAAGGGCAAAGUCCUCGUCGUUCCAGUUGUUUCUGUCGCGAACGUUGCACAGCUCGCGGCUGAUCUCCUGAUCGCUUCACUUUCCUUGCAUCGCGUAGGCAUAUUCGACCCUAGGAGCUUAGUUCCUGUCGUCGGAGCACGUGAAGACGAUCUUCCUGGCGUCACAACACCACUCGAGCUUUUUGGCCGCGAUGAUGUUAAUGUCGCAGUCAUACAGCAACGUUCUCCCGCAUUAAAGUCCUCUAAGCAAGAUUUUGUCGACUCCUUGUUGGAAUUCAUCCGUACCUCAGGAGCUUCAGGUGUCCUUUUCAUUGGCGGAGUAGAUAUGUCCAACAGGACUGAUCCUCAGAUGCUGACACCUACUUGUCAGAUCGUCCCGCCUGGAACACCUGAUCUGACUUCUGGUCCAUUGGCCGCCCUCACAACUCUGCCAAUACCCGUCUACACUUCACCAGUCUCCCAGUUCCUGCAUACAGAUGCAGAAAGGACAACUAUACCUUUCAUACCAGGCGGUGGGUUAUCUCGUCGAAUGCUCUCCUCACUUUCCGACACAUGGCAAAUCCCGACUGUAUGUCUGUUGCAAUAUGUCAUGGAGGGGGACAACAGAGCGGACGCCCAGCUCAUGGCAGCUGUGGUAUCCAAGGUGUUGCAAGUAGAGGUUCCUAACUGGAAGCAGCCUAGUAGUUGGGGUCAUGGUCUUUUCGGUACUCCUCAUGAUCAAACAUUGUACGGUUGA